AUCUACUUUGUUAUCUUUCCUUUGAAAGCUUUUGCAGUAUCCUACUUCUUCGUUCAAGCCAUAUAAACAAAUCCAAAUGAGUGCUAUUGUCAGUCCUGCUCCUGUUUGCCCUUUCCAUAUCUCUAAAUCAGAAGAUAAUCAGUAAGUCUUGAUCAAACAAUCACCCUUUCUUUAUCUCUGAUGGACUAAUAACCUGGGCGGUAAUUGAUAGUAGUCUCGAAAAAAAAGAUGGUCAGAUAGGACACCACCUGAUGGAUGAAUCACCAGGCAGACAUCCCAUGAAUGAAAACAACGAAGUCAAAUUUACAAGCAAUAUGAAUCGUAUUAUUCCUGAAACCCAGGUGACAUCGACUAACAAGCUCUCUCAAGACUAUCUUGAGACCCCUGAAUUAGCAUCUGCUAUGAGAGAAGGAACCAAAAUUGUACAUAGUGCAGCUGAAAAUAGUGUAUUCACAAAGCGUUUCCUGAACGGUGAAAUAAAUGUUGAUGAAUAUGGCAGAUAUGUCACUUCUCUGUAUUUUGUAUACAGAACCUUGGAAAACUUACUAGCCCAGCACAAGCAUAAUCCUGUCGUUCAAAAAGUGCAUUUUCCUUACGAACUGAAUCGUGAAAACGCUCUUCUGAAAGAUAUAGAAUACUAUUACGGAAAGAAUCGUGUUGCUGAAAUGACUGAUUUCAAGAAUAUUACCCCUGCUGUACAAAAUUAUAUCACUUCUUUACAAGACGCUGCUGCCAAGGAUCCUUCCCUUUUGAUUGCUCAUAGUUACGCCCGUUAUUUGGGUGAUCUGAGUGGUGGUCAAAUCUUGGCGAAGCGUUUGAAAAAACAUGUUUUAAAAAUUAGUGCAAGCGAUCCUGCAUGGGAUUCUUAUGAGGGAUUAGAAUUCUAUAAUUUUGAUCACAUUGGCAAUCAUACUGAAUUCAAGACUCUUUACCGACAAUGUCUUAAUGAAGCUCGUGUCACUCAAGAGAUGAAAGAUACUAUUGUUGAUGAAGCUAUUCGCGCGUUUAAAUUGAAUAUCGCUCUAUUCGAUGAGAUUCAGUAUCUUUCUGAGAAUAACAAGUUACACACUACUGCCAAGGACAGAGGAAAGAAGAGUAGCGUUUCCUCUACUGUUACGGAGUCAUCAACCUUAGAAGGCAGUACAAAGAGAAGAGCGUUUAAUGCUGAUUGGUUGGUAGGCUUUGCUACCGGUGGUAUUACUGUUGCAUUAUGUAUCUCGAUCUAUAAUCGCAUCUAUAAUUCCCAGUAACGUAUUUUACUUUUGUUGGUGAAUAAUCACAAUAUUUAUUUAUCUCUUAUGUCUGCUUUAAACUCUUUGAUAAGUAUUUCUCAUUUCUUCAUUACUUUUCAUACAGUUAAUUUGCAUAACAAAGGAUCUUGCUAAUGUUACGUAAGUAAUGAUAGGAAGAAUGCUAUAACAUAAUAAACAAACUAGUCGAUUUUAAAAACUUUCAAAAUACCAAAGACAUUUUAAAGUGAUUUUG